CCCCUCCCGCGCGGCCAUGUCGGACGGCGCGCGCGCGCUGCUGCGGCGGGUGUUGCGGCUGCACCGGUCGCUGCCGCCCGCCCUGCGCGCGCUGGGCGAUCGCUACGCCAAGGAGGAGUUCCGGAGGCACCGGGCCGCGGGGCCCGCCGAGGCGCGGCGCUUCCUGCGCGAAUGGGAGAACUAUGCAGCACUGAUACAGCAACAAAUUAACGAGGGCAAAGAAAACUUGAGAGAAAAGACUAUGUAUGGAAUUCAGCUCACUGAAGAAAAACUUAAUGACUUCCGUGAUGAACAGAUCGGACAGCUGAAGGAACUGAUGGAUGAGACUACCAAACUUAAUAAAAACAUCACAGUUUCUAAAGACUCAGGACACAAAACUUAAAAGGUUCUACAAAUUAUUUUAAUUCAUACAAAAGCAUUUUGAAAUUGCCUUUUCCAGUUGGACUUGAAUGUGGUUUCUGUGAAAUAAUGGGCACUGCUGAUGACAUAACUUGUCUGAAACAGAUGUCUCUCUGGCUGUUUGGCUUUCUAUGCAAGAAUAAAUCUUAGAAUGGAAUAAUCACAACAAUUUUAUGUUAAUUGCAGUAUUUUUUUUCUCCUAAUGGAAGGUGGAGACUUAAAGGAUUUGGUAAAAGUAAAAUGAAAUUUUUGAAAUAAAGUUGUUUUGUUUUCAUCUUAGCACCUAUAGAGCAAAAUGUCUUUCUAUUUGUAUAUCACUGUAAUGGAUGAAGGCUGAAGAUGAGAAUGGCCUUAAUGGAGAAGAUGUAAUUAGUAUUGGUUUUCUGAUGUGACUUCAGUAGAAAAAGAACAAAAGUACAUUACUAGAGUGAGCUCAUUUCAAUGGGAAGAAAUUAGAAGUUUUAGAAACACAUGCUGUUGUUGAAAUUGAAAGUUGGUUUUCUUCUUGAGCUUUAUUGUGAAAAGUACUUUUAAAAUAAAAGACUUAGUUCAUUAUUAAAUUGACCUUGAAGGAACCACUGGCUUAUGAAGAAAAUUCUGCAUUUUUUCAAAUCUAGACUCAGAUUGUUAUUAGUCUCUAAAAUGAAAAAAAAAAUAAAAACCAUUAGUUGAUUGUGCUGUAUUUGGAAUUCAAAGACUCUUGAAAAGCUUGGCAUCCCAUAUUAUUUAAUAUCUUACAUAGGCCAGAAGUUGUAAACCCUUCAAUCACAGAAAUUAUCCUGUUCAUAGUACUGUAUAACAAACGUCAGUGAUUUAUGGGUAAUAGGUUAACUCUUCAUCAGGACAAUCCAUGCCUAUUGUAAUACUAUUGUGACUAAAGAAAGAUCCUUUUUUUUUUUUUUAUCUUAUAAUAAAAACCACCUCAAUUUCUGUGCAGAAGACAGCUUUAAUUUCCUAUUCCAAACCUAGUUUUAUAUUAUUAGUUUUGUUCUAUUUCUGAACCUUUCCUUGUAUGUUACCCACAUCAUGUUCAAGACAUCAUAAUUUCUUUCUUCUGGGGCGAUAACAGCUUUGACAAGUAAGCAUGUUUCCAUCUGUCUCAAGUUGUAGCAACGUGCUGUUUGCCUAAGCGAUGCUCCUGGAUCCAAACUGGGGGCAAGUUGGGGAGCAGUCUGCUUCCCUCUCCCUUACCUCUCUUCCCAAUUCUUUGCUAGGACUUUAGGUUGCAGGAUGUUAAUUUCUGUUAAAAGGUUGAUUUUAAGACUCCCCUGCAGCUUACAGUUGCUUUAGUACAUCUUCCUCUGCUGCAGCCUCCACAGCUGGAAGGAACAGCAGCUCCCUUCUGGCCUGCUGCGUACUUGGGUCUUUCUCCAACAUCAAAGUGGAAAGUACAUAGGGUAUGCAUUUAGGAAGCUUGAAUUGGUAUGCAGUUAAAGCUUUUUUUCUUUCUAAACCUCAAAACUGUACAAAACUAAUCCAGCUCCAAAGUCGAGGGCAUAAGAAUGUAUUCUGUUGCACUUCCGUCAGAUAUAGAGUAACCAGAAAUUAUCAUUACUAGACCAACUCAGUUUUAAAUACCAUAAGCAAUGUUUUGGUGUUUGACAGCUGUUUGUUUCCAGUCCUUGAUUGCUGGUACACGUGUGCCUGCUUUCCAAUCAAUAUCUAAGUUGCUUCAAAUUUAUUUCAAAUACUGCAAUUUAGAGCACAAGUUAUUUUUAUCAACACAUUUAAUGAAACUUGUUUGUUUAAUGAAACUAGUUAGAAUACUUGUUUUGCACCUAUCUACUCAUGUAUGGACCUAUAUAAUGCACAUUUCUAGAAGCUAAAGAAAUUUAUAAUGAAAAAUUGCUAUUUGGUCUGAAAAAUUUAAACUUGUAAUGAGACCUAGAGUGAGUUGGAAGUGAGGGUGAACAUCUUUACAUCAAGAGCCCAUUUGCUAGUAAAUCCAAUAACUUUUUUCUUUCAUUCUGACAGGUAGCUCAUGUUUUAUAUGAUGUUUGUAUUCUUAAACAGAAUUCUACAAUGGGAAUGAAACAUCUUUAAACUUUGCUGGCUUUGAGACAGAUGGUUCUAAUGUUAAGGCAUGCUUUGAUCCGAGCACUGCUUACGCAGGGCGCAGGCAUGGGUGGCCCCACAGAAACCUUAUCACAACAGUACUACCACACAAUAGGGAUUUUUUUUUUAUUUACAAGUGUAAAUAAUGACAAGCUGAGGAGGACAAUGGGCAUAUCAUCCUGUCCACAGAAAGGCUGAAAGACAAAGAUGCUUUUUUAAUUAUUUAAAAAAAAAAAAUUUAGGUAUAGGAUACUUUUAUUGUGGGGAAUUUUAGACAAGGUUUGGUGGAUAAUGAACAAAGGAAAGCAUCCUUCAAAAUUACUUCAAAAAUACAAGCAGCUUGCAAUUUCAAAUGGCAGAACUGUUCCUUAGAAAAAAGGUACUAAUCACCUUCUAACGAAAAAUAGCUGUGAUCACUUCAGAAAUAAAUACAAAGUUUUAAGCUGCAUUCUGUGCAAGUUGCUAUGCAUUGCUGUUAUACAACUGAACACUGAAAGGCUCCUACAACCUUGAAAGACCUAUUUCCAUUCAGCUUAUCCAUUAAGAAAUUUCCUUUGUAUUUUGGUGAUUGUGAAUUCACUUGGCUCUCUAGAGCUAAGAGAAAGUGAUAAAAUUUAUUGGUUAAUUUGGUUAAACCUUAUCUGUGGCAACAAUUAUGUGGUUGCCUGAAAGCUGGUAGGAGUUGGAGAGAGCUGAAGUUCAGACUGGAAAAGGCAUGAGCUAAAGUCACAUCAACAAGCAAACAAUUGUCAGAAAUCUGUCUCAUUAAAAAUUACCACAGUUUUGAUAUACAAAGUAUGAAGUUAUACAUCUUAAAAGGAACAACUAAAAAUGUCAUUCCUUCAAUGUUUUAUUGUUUCUAUGAUGUGAGUUUAUAUUUUUUAACUCGCUGACCAGUCAGAGCAAUUAGAAUGUGAUUGUUCUUAGUUAAAAAUAAAUUAAUAACUUACCAUAUUGAAAGUAGAAUUUAUAGAGAAGUUUAAUUCCUCAGCUGCUUGGACUUAAUGUACUCUUUUUGAAUUAUUAGUGGAAUUUCUCAAUCUUGGAUAUGUAUUUAUGAGAGAUUGGUUAUUCACCAAUCAGCCAGUAGCCAAGUUUUCAUUGGCAUCUGGGUAGAAAUACUGAAUAAUUGGUGAAGGAGCACUAUCUUGCCCUGUCUAUUAUAAUCUAUUUCAAUUUUUACUCUCUAUAGUCAAAAUAAUGACAGACGGAGGGCUGAGUCUCUCAGCAGACUGAUACACCCCAAGCAUGAACAAAGAGUGUCCAUGUACCUUUGAGGAAGGAUGAAAGCUGAAUCACUGUAAAAGCUGUCUCCCAUUCUAGGGCUGUCCUACUUAACUGUUGAUUUUCAGUCCUUUUGGGAAAGGUUUCAAGGCAAAUCCUUCCUGCCCGAGUGUAUAGAUUCAGAAACACAGGUGUUGCAGGUCUUGGUUGGUACCAGAACUGCCUGCCCCACCUCUUACUGAUUUGUGUUCCUGUGCUGAACCUGGCUUGGUGUGCCUGCCAGCAUUUGCUAUCCAAGAACCUCACAGUGAGGAAUGGUGGUACUCUAAGUCUUCCCCUUUGAACAACUUCAAGAAAUUCACUGUUAAGACUGACACAAGUCAAAUGGCUGAUGUUAGAAGUGACAAUAAUUGCAUUUGUAAAUGAUCUACUCUUGUUUGUGGUUACCUACCUGCUGCAAAGCCACUGUC